AUGUCGAUGUCAUUAACAACUACAUGUGAUCACCUAACUGGGGAAGAGAGAAUAUAUUUGAGUUCAGAUAGUAUUGAUCCUGCUGAUACUAAAUCGAAAGAUGACUCUGUAUUCACACCUGACUUUCUUAAUAGUAUCAAAGCAUCUGGGUUACCUAAUCAUUCUUUACGGCUGAGGAUUGGUACACCAGUGAUGCUAUUGCGGAAUCUUAAUACUAACGAAGGUCUGUGUAACGGGACAAGGUUGCAAAUUACCCAACUGGGUAAUCAUCUCCUCGAAGCUAAGGUUAUUACAGGCACUAGAGCAGGUGAGAAGCCAGGGACAAACACUAGCGAAGUGGGUCUGUUUUUGCCUAGACCAGUGUUCUCGCAUGGCCAGUUGUAUGUAGCUGUCUCUCGAGUGAAGUCCAGGAAAGGGUUAAAGAUCUUAAUUACAGACAAAGAUGGGGCGUGCCCACAGAGUUCAACCAUGAAUGUUGUUUACAAGGAAGUUUUCCAGAAUUUGUUUGAAGAGAAAGACACACAAAGUUUAUUCUUCAAUGCUGUCAACAAAUAA